AUGAGCGAUGUAUUAUUUUUACGGUUGUGUCUGGGGAGUUCAGAAGUGAUCGCGCAACUGUUCUCAGAGAGCGUUUGUCGGAGCGCAGGACAAAAUAGAUUCGACAGUUUAAGAAUUCCAGUUGGAAGCAACAGAAUUUCUGUAAUCUCUUGGCAAGAAGUUCAGUUACCACAAUCUGAGCGGCUCUGUAACAAUGAACUUUCUUUUUCUGUUUUGCCAGUGGCGGCACCUGACUUGCUGGAUCCCAAAUCGGCCACUCAGAACUCCAAACCAAGGUUAUCAUUUUCCACCAAGCCUACCGUGCUCUCUUCACGGGAGGAAAGCGAUUCGGCUAUUAAUGUUAUGAAAUGGAAGACGGUCUCUACAAUUUUUCUGGUGGUAGUCGUGUAUUUAAUAAUUGGAGCAACAGUUUUUAAAGCCCUGGAGCAGCCUCAUGAGACCUCCCAGAGAACCACCAUUGUGAUUCAGAAGCAGACGUUUGUAUCUCAGCAUGCCUGUGUGAAUGCAACAGAGCUUGAUGAACUGAUUCAGCAAGUAGUGGCAGCAAUAAAUGCAGGAAUCAUACCUUUAGGAAACACAACUACUCAGAUCAGUCACUGGGACUUGGGAAGUUCCUUCUUCUUUGCUGGCACUGUUAUUACCACCAUAGGCUUUGGAAACAUCUCCCCACGCACACAAGGUGGAAAGAUAUUCUGUAUCAUCUAUGCCUUAUUGGGAAUUCCUCUGUUUGGUUUUCUGUUGGCUGGUGUUGGAGAUCAACUAGGGACGAUCUUUGGAAAAGGAAUUGCCAAAGUAGAAGAUACCUUUGUUAAAUGGAAUGUGAGUCAGACAAAGAUUCGCAUAAUUUCAACAAUAAUAUUCAUACUGUUUGGCUGCGUGCUGUUUGUUGCUCUUCCUGCGGUUAUAUUCAAGCACAUAGAAGGCUGGAGCACACUAGAUGCAAUUUACUUUGUGGUUAUCACUUUAACUACCAUUGGAUUUGGUGACUACGUUGCAGGGGGAUCAGAUAUUGAGUACCUAGAUUUUUAUAAGCCAGUGGUGUGGUUCUGGAUCCUUGUUGGGCUUGCUUACUUUGCAGCUGUCCUCAGCAUGAUUGGAGACUGGCUAAGAGUCAUAUCAAAAAAGACAAAGGAAGAGGUAGGGGAAUUCAGAGCCCAUGCUGCGGAGUGGACAGCCAACGUCACUGCAGAGUUCAAAGAAACUCGAAGGCGCCUGAGUGUGGAGAUCUAUGACAAGUUCCAGCGGGCUACCUCUAUCAAAAGGAAGCUCUCUGCAGAACUCGCCGUCAACCACAAUCAAGACCUGACUCCCUGCAAGAGAACCCUGUCAGUCAACCAUCUCACCAGUGAGAAGGACAUCUUGCCAGCUCUAACAAAGACGGACAGCAUUUACAUGAAUGGUUUGACACCGCACUGUGCAGGAGAAGAGAUAGCUGUUAUUGAAAACAUUAAGUAGCUGUGACUUUGGAUCCCAGUCCUUGAGAAGCUCUUGGCUUAGACUAGCCAUACACCAUUUUUUCUCCACCCUGUCGAUGAUCAAUGCUAAUAGCAUUUUAUAUGUGUGCAUGAGUUCCACAGAAACUACAGUCCAGAGUUACCAUCGCAUCUCUUCAAAGACACAAAGAUGAAUGGCACUUCUGUUAUCGAAAGAUGCUGGAACAAGCAACGUCUUCUGCCUUUAUCUGCCCAGACUGUUUUUCACUUCUCCUAAUGUGCCAUAUGGCCUCAAGAAUGAAUCACACUUGUUUAUGGUAACAAUGUAGCUUUGAGGGAUCAGUCCUUAAAAUUUCAGGGUCUACCUUACUGAGCCUAGGAAUGGACCAUUUCUGGACUACAACACAUUUGUAAAUGGCAAGAAAUUCUUAUGCAGCCUUUUACCUAAGAAAUUUUUGUCAGUGCCUUAUCUUUUGAAGAACCAGAACCUCUACAGUUCCUGUAUGGUUUUUUGUUUGGUUGGGUUUUCUUGCAUGAGAAGUGUAUUUCAUUUGAGCUUUCAUUCUUCUUGAAACGAUGGUGUUUUAAAGGUGUCUGUCAUGAAGAUACCAACCAGCAUGAAUGAAUGCCAAAACUCAACAAUCGUCAAAUGAUGUUCUUAGCCCUAAAUUUAAAGGCACUGCAGUUUCAAAAGUUGCGAACAUGUCCCCCAGAAGCAUUUUGUUUUACUCAGGUCCAGCUGAUACUUGUUCACACUGACUUGUAGAAUUUGCAGACCCUCUUCAGGUCGUUUUUUUCCAAGCAGUGUUCACCAGUCAUUUGUUGGUUUUUUGGUUUUAUUUUUUUUUUUCUGUGUCAGAUGUACCAAAAAACCCUGCAGCUUAUCUAUCACUUAAUUAUUUGGUAGAUGACAAGAGCAAAUAAAAAUUACUGUUUUGAGGAGAGGCAGGAGAGGCUUUUAAUUGCUGUAUUCUAAUAACCACAUCCAGAAAACAAUGCAGAAAAAUAUAGCAAUUUUUAAUAAGCAUAAACCUCCUGCCAGAUAUUUGCUCUGUGAAAAGGAUUCUUAACUUCCUCUUUAAGUCAAGUCACACCAGACGCCAUAUGAUAUUUUACCCAGGAAUCCUGCUGGAGUGCUUUCCUGAAUGUCAUGCUGUACAGUGGCUGCCUGUGCCGGAGCUGUGACUAACGUGGGAAUGCAACUGAAACUGGUAUCACUGUGACUUUCUACAUUUCAAAUAGAGAUGGCUCUGAAUAUAAGCGCAGGCAUGGAGAAGAGCUGAUAAAUAGCACAAUCUGAAUACCGAUGAUUGUUCAGACAGGAUAGGCUGACGAGAAGCAGAUCUAAACCAGACUAUGGGUUUUCUUUAUUGGUUUUAAGAAAACACAUUAACUUUAAUUUUGUAUCUUCUGUUUUGCUUAUAUAGGUGUACAUGAGAUUCAGAAGAAAUGCAGGAUGGAAUGCAUAAUUUUGCAUUUUUUUCUUAUGUUAGUCUGUUGUAACCUGGCUGUACAUAAAACGAAUAGAACAGGCCUUAAAGAAUAAUUUAGGCUCUGUGUAAAUUAAAAAAAAAAACGGGACUUUGCUGAUUGGGCAUGAUUCAAGUGGCAAAUCUUACAGCAUCUCUGACCAUUAGAUAACAUGCAAGAUAUGAAUGUUAAUGUUUUUUGGAUGCUUAGCUUGUUUUCUAAUAAAUAUAAGUUAAUAUGUAAAUUCAGUCAAUUCAGUGUAAAUAUCAGUCAAUUAACAUUUACAGAGAGUACGCUUUUAAAACUAAGGAAGUUCCACAACACAGCACCGAGCAAUGCUCUUAUAACAAAGACCCUUGUCUCCCCAGCACAGUGUUCUGAAUGUCCACAUGGCGAGGGUUCGUCUUGCCAUGUAUAAACUGUGAACUGCAAUGAAAAAUAAAGUUUUUAAUGAAAAUAAACUUUUCUGAAUCUCCUGCUUGCUACAACUGGAAUGCUAAGAAAUAAUUGUGAAACUGAUUUUUGUGCUUUCAUUGGUUACAGAGCAUAGCAGU